CUCCAACUCUGGCAAUGAGAGACAGAAAUGGAAGAAGAAAAAAAGCAAGACCAGGGACCAGCACCAUAAAAGCCAGAAGAAACACCGCUCACGGUCCCGGGGUCGCUCCUCCAGCUCGAGCUCAGAGUGUGAGCGAGACAAAAGGAGAGCCCGGAGCAGAGAGCGGCAGAGGAAGAGAGAUGGCUCCAAGUCUUCUGUGUCCUCCGUCAGUUCUCCCUCCCCGCCACGCUCCCGGAGUAGGGAAGAGACGGGGCAGCAGCUGAGCCUCCAGGAGCGCUUGAGGCUGAAGGAGGAGAAGAAGAAGCAGGCUGCACUCAUGAAAGCCUUGGAGACGCCUGAGGAGAAACGGGCUCGCCGGCUGGCCAAAAAGGAGGCCAAGGAGAGGAAGAAGCGGGAGAAGAUGGGGUGGGGAGAAGAGUACAUGGGUUACACCAACACUGAUAAUCCCUUUGGGGACAACAACCUGCUCGGCACCUUCAUCUGGAGCAAGGCGCUUGAAAAGAAAGGGAUCAGCCACCUGGAUGAGAAGGACCUGAAGGAGAGGAACAAGCGAAUCCAGGAGGACAAUCGCCUGGAGCUGCAGAAGGUGAAGCAGCUGCGCCUGGAGCGGGAGAGGGAGAAGGCGAUGCGUGAGCAGGAGCUGGAGAUGCUGCAGCGGGAGAAAGAGGCAGAGCACUUCAAAACCUGGGAGGAGCAGGAGGACAACUUCCACCUGCAGCAGGCCAAGCUGCGGUCUAAGAUCCGGAUUCGGGAUGGGAGGGCAAAACCCAUUGACCUUCUAGCCAAGUACAUCAGUGCAGAGGAUGAUGACCUGGCUGUGGAGAUGCACGAGCCCUACACCUUCCUGAACGGCCUGACUGUCUCUGACAUGGAGGACCUGGUGGAGGACAUCCAGGUGUACAUGGAGCUGGAGCAAGGGAAGAACGUGGACUUCUGGAGGGACAUGACCAUCAUCACGGAGGAUGAGAUAGCCAAGCUCCGCAAACUGGAGGCCUCUGGGAAAGGAGGACCGGGGGAGCGUCGGGAUGGCGUCAACGCCUCCGUCAGCUCAGAUGUGCAGUCCGUGUUCAAGGGGAAGACGUACAACCAGCUGCAAGUGCUGUACCAGGGCAUCGAGAGCAAGAUCCGGGCAGGAGGACCCAACCUUGACAUUGGGUACUGGGAGAGCCUGCUGCAGCAGCUGAAGGCUUACAUGGCUCGGGCCAGGCUGCGGGAGCGGCACCAGGACGUGCUGCGCCAGAAGCUGUACAAGUUGAACGAGAGUGACCCGCUCUCCCCCAUCAUCAAGCAGGAGCCGGCUUCCCCCAGCGACAGGCUGGAUCCAGAGGAGAGCAUUGUGGUACAGCCAGGGCCAUCCUCGGAGCCGGAGGCUGAACAGGACACAGAGGCCAAAGGGGAGGCAGAGGGGGAAGCCGUGCUGAUGGAGGAGGACCUGAUCCAGCAGAGCCUGGACGACUACGACGCAGGGAAAUACAGCCCCCGGCUGCUGGGCACCAACGAGCUGCCCUUCGACGCCCACGUGCUGGAGGCUGACGAGGAUAUGCAUCGGCUGCUGCUUCUGCGUCAGCAGCUCCAGGUCACAGGUGAUGCCACCGAGAGCGCCGAUGACAUCUUCUUCCGUAAGGCCAAGGAGGGCAUGGGCGCAGACGAGGCGCAGUUCAGCGUGGAAAUGCCCCUCACGGGCAAGGCCUAUCUCUGGGCUGACAAGUACCGGCCCCGCAAGCCCCGCUUCUUCAACCGGGUGCACACGGGCUUCGAGUGGAACAAGUACAACCAGACCCACUAUGACUUCGACAACCCCCCUCCCAAGAUCGUGCAGGGCUACAAGUUCAACAUCUUCUACCCCGACCUCAUCGACAAGCGCUCGACGCCCGAGUACUUCCUGGAGGCCUGCCAGGACAACAAGGACUUUGCCAUCCUGCGCUUCCACGCCGGGCCGCCCUACGAGGACAUCGCUUUCAAGAUCGUCAACCGUGAGUGGGAGUAUUCCCACCGCCAUGGCUUCCGCUGCCAGUUUGCCAAUGGGAUCUUCCAGCUCUGGUUCCACUUCAAGCGUUACCGUUACCGCAGAUGAGGGGCUGCUCCACUCCCCUCUGGACCCCUGGCGCAGGGGGUGGGCAGGGGGGUCUUGGCCUCCAUCACAGGCACUGUCCCAAGGCCUAUCCGAGCACCAGGCCUAUUCCUGAGGGUUUUCCCUGUCCUUGCUUUUAUCCUGAGGCACCCUGAGACUUUGGU